AUCUCAGAAAUUGUGGAGAAGAUGCCACGCUAUUCAAUGCCCUUGAACUUGGAUCGUCCGGACUUCUCGACGUCGUCAACGAUAUGAACAUACGAGAGAUGCUGCCCGAUCUAACCAGCGUUUAUGAACUGGUCAAUGACACAGUGUCCGGCUUGGAUGUCUUACCUAGUGAUGAUGCUAACGUCCUCUUGAGCCAACUGACCAGUCAGCUAUCGCCCUCCAACAUCACAGGAGCUAUCGAAGAGAUGCAACUAGGACUUGAUCAGUUUGCAUUGACAAACUUGAGUGACGCCCUCAACACUGGAGCUGAUGCUGUCGUUGGAAGCUUUCCGGCGAUGGCAUCCGACUUGCGUGAUCUGGCCGAUGAUUUACAAACCAUCAGUGACCAGCAACUCCAACUCACACUUAAUCUUACGAUAACACUAUACGAAGAGGUAUCACGAUUAAACGCAUCUAUUGCGGGAAUUGAGGUAGUUGCUAGUGAUGUCUUUGACUCAGUAUCCAAUUUGGCAGACUUUAUACAGGACGAGGCCGGGCCUAUAGUUGUACAGGGCCUGGAAAUUUACAUUGAUAGCAUUAUUUCACUGGCAGAUCAGUUCAUUGAUGAAGUCUUGAGACGGAUUCAAGAUGACAUGGGACGAUGUGGUAUUGUUCGUAACAUCUAUGAUGCUGUCGUCGGAUCACUGUGUCUAUUUUUCUUGCCGGGUUUGAACGUCUUCUGGUUCGCCUUGUCGGCAGUCUCAUUCGCCCUUAUUCCUAGCAUCGUAUUCAACGUCCGACUUGCUAAGUAUCUCCGACGUCCUACUCAUAAUGCUUCUCAAGGAGAACCUAUCUUCAACGGCGUCUCCGUCUAUCCUCCAACACCAAGUGGCACUCCCCAAAGCUCCACACCUGGAACACCGUUGAGCAUGAGACGUCGCCUCAGUGAAAGUCUCGUCAACAUAAGCAUACCCCGUUCCUUGGCAUCGAAAAUCACUGGUUCAGGAAACCCAGAAAGACACAAUUGAUGACGUCAUAAUCAUUACUAUCAUGCAAAACCUAGUAUGACGUAUUAUGUGUAUAAUAUGUUUACAGUAAGUUGAAAUAACAUAAAUUGAAAAACAAAAUUGAAGAAUGCAUUUUUAUUGAUGAAAUAAGAUACAACGAUAGGAAUAGAUAAGACUAAUAAAAGGCUGAAUUGAAUAUAUCGAAUUGAAACAAAAUGAAAGCUUGUGUCAUUUAAAUUCUUUAUUUAUUGGGGGAGCAAAGGUAAUCACAUUUCACAGACAAUGCAGUCGAACCCACCUUUUAAUUCUAUUUUUUAUUACAAUGGUAACAUUCAAUUGACUAAGUU